AACCGGUCGUGAGUUGAGCAAAGGAAGCGGGCGAGUAUAUAAUGUGCUUCGCCAUGGAAAGAAGCAGCUGCUUUGGAAGCGGGUGAAAGAACGAGAGCCAGAGAGACAUGGGUAAUCUGUUCGCCAAGGAAGAACCCCCUCCAAUGGUGUUGGUUCCUCCCAUCUUCGACUUCCCUCCCCUCGCUGCUCGCACCAGGAUGCUUGUUCCAGCUUAUGACUUGCUGUUUGGCAAACUUGCCUUGCGCUGUCUUUUUGAGGACUACUUUGAACAACCAAGGCAUCUUAAUACAAGAAUUAUGCUAAAACCACUUGAAGACCCUAACGUGGAUUUAAUUGCAACAGUGUCUGGCCCACUUGACCAAACAUCUGGGAGGACCAUGGAAGGAAAUGCAUUGUUUCGUUGGCAAAGGGACUUAGAUGAUCCGAACACAUUUAUGGAUAUUAUGGUGUCGACCAAUGACCCCAUGUUGCGUUUGAGGUCAUGUGCUUACUAUCCUAAGUACCGGCUUGGAGCUUUUGGAAUCUUCCCAUUGCUAAAAUCAAAGAGAGUGCUCCCAGAAGAUUAUGGUGUUAUGGGCUUGAGAUAUGGAUCAGAAAUUCUGUCCAUUGGGAGCACAUUUAUGCCAUUUCCAUUGUCCAGUGAUACUCCAGUCAGUGCAUGGCUAGUAGGCAGGGCAGGGAGAUUAAGUAUUGGAGUGCAGUACAAGCCACUUUGUGAGAGCAAAAAGCCGUUGUGCUUCAAGGAUCUAAAUAACUGGAGUUGUUCGAUUGGUUAUGGAGUUGGUUCCAGCAGCCCCCUUUGUCCUUCAUACAAUUUCAGCCUUGAGCUAGCUAGAAGCUCACAGCUAAUUGCAUCCUUCUAUCAACAUUUUGUGGUGCAAAGAAGGGUGAAAAAUCCAUUUGAAGAAAGCCAAAUAGCUGGCAUUACAAAUUAUAUUGACUUUGGCUUUGAGCUGAUGUCGAGAAUCGAUGGAGAUAAAUCUUUGGGGAGUGGUGAUAACUCCUCAUUCCAAUUAGCCGCAUCUUGGCAAGCCAAUAAGAACUUCUUAGUGAAGGGGAAAUUGGGUCCUUUUGGCUCUUCUGUAGCUUUAGCAUUUAAGUCUUGGUGGAGACCUUCCUUUACAUUUAGUAUUACAGCUAUUAAUGAUCGUCGGAAUGGAACGACUUCUUACGGAUUUGGAAUCCGCACCGAGGAUCUAAGAGAACCCAGUUAUCAAAGAGCGGAUCCCAACUACGUGAUGCUGACACCCAACAAGGAGCACUUGGCAGCAGGUGUCGUUCAAAACUUUGGGAAGCGACCAUUGUUCCAGUCAAACAUAGAUACAGGAAACUAUGAUCAUUUGCCAAGGGAAUUAAAACCCAUGGGAAAGAUUUUCUAACUCCUCUUUCAUACUUCGUAUGCCAACAACAAAUGGAUGAGGGAGACUAGGAACUUUGUCGUUAUCUAAAAUGCUUGUAAUUCCUCGGGCCUUUUCUCUCGCUCUCUCUCUCUCUCUCUCGAGGUGUUUGUUAUAUUUAUUGGUGCCAGAGAGCGUCCUAAAAUCUGUUUUCUUGACACUGUUCAUUGCUGCUAUAGUCAUAAAGCAAUUGCCAUCCUAAUUCAUGGUGCCUAUGCAAGUUUAUGCUAAAAAAUUGUGAGGAAUGGAGUUUGGAUUUAUCAAUCCGGGAAAAUUCUCGUGGCAUUAAAGAGAAAGUUGACAAUUAUGAAA